AUGUGUUGUCGUGCAAGAAGCCAGGAGCGUUCCUUCUUCUCCUUGCUGGGGAGGAGAAAGAAGGGAAAGGCCUCGGAGGCUCCCCGGGCGAGGACGCGCGCGGAGCGGCGCGCCGAGCGCUGGGAGCGGCACCGGAACUUUGAGCGGGUGCGCUUCGAGGUUGGCGAUGGGGAAGAUCCUCACGAAGCUGAUGGGCAGAAUGCCUUGGGAGCUACAGCAUACCUGGAAAGUCUCAGGAUGCAAAAGAUGGUGAACUCGGCUCAGAAUUUUCAGCCUCGGACGCGACACCACAUCUCGCCUAUCGCAAAGCAAGGAGCAAAAAGUGCAUCCCAGAAGCAGGAUCAAGUCCUGGAAGAUUUGACGGAGAAAGCCAUGAACCUGGAGCACUGGUUUGAUUCGGGGCUCCACAUGGGAGCCGUCCUUCAACCAAAGAAGAUGCCUCCUGGUGGCUACGAAGUUACCGCCUGGUCAGAGGAGAUUCCCUUCGUGAAGCACCUUCGAACGGGCGUCGUCCUGUGGCCCGUCCGCUUCAACCUGCUGCCCUUCUUCGAGGCCCUCGAAGGACAGAUGGCCUACCGGCGCCUCGUCACGGUCUAUCACUACACCACGAGUUCAGGCUUCAACAGGAUUGUAGCUCCGUUUGACACGGGGUCUGGCGAGUUUCCUGAAGCUCAUGACUUUGCAGAGGAACUUUGGGACAGGUUGGUGGAAGAUGUCCAAAGCCUCGAAGCGGAUGAUGAUGACAUUCCUGACGAUGCCUUUGUUGCGAUCAAGGAUGCUCCUGACGUCUUCAUGGACCGCGAGAAACUCUGUCGCGCAGCAUGCAGGCUGCCUGAUGGCCAAGGACGUGUGCUGCCGCUAAGACGUGUCUCCUAUUGCAUCGCAUUGCACGUGCCGGAGGACAGGAUUCUUAGCAACAGGCAGUGGAAGUCCACGGUUUUUGUUGCAGCGCCUGGCAGCGUGGAGAAUGACGACUUCCAGAGCACGUCGACGGGAACGAGUGCCAGUGGCGAAGCCGCAGCGCGCUGGCUGGGCUUUUCCAGUCAGAAGUCCAAGAACAGCCAGAAACAGCAAGAGAAGCUCUUGGCCGAGGUGAAAGUGCUGGGCCUCUUGGAUGGCCUGAUUGACCCUGAGACUGGUGACAUCUUGAAGGACACCCAGGCGAGUUCUCAAAACGUUCGAGACCAGAGGCGGAACUCUGUGUCAUCUGUGGCAUCCACUCAGACUCUCGAGGCAGCCGAGGAGGAUCAAGAGAAAAUGAUGCUGGAGGAGCGGAUCGCAGCGCUCGAGAAGGACCUGCAGCGCUGCGAGCGGAAGCAGCGCAAAGCCUCUGCUCCGGAUGACGGGAAUCCACUGGCCUUCUUCGAUCUGGAUCCGGAAAGGCUUCAACGGCUGAGCAAGAUUCACCAGCGAUUGUCUCAAGAGCUGUCAGAAGCUCGAGCGCAGUUGCAGAGCUUGGAUGAUGAGACGGUACGUUCUUCACGACGCCGUGAAGCUCUACUGCAAGCGGUGACCGACAACAAGACUCCAGGAUCUGAAGCGAAUGUCAAAACAAAGCGACACCGGAGCCAGUUCUCUGAGUUCUCAGCUGACACGCGUGAUACUGUUUGCCAUAUGGGCGACGAGUACAAAGACCUCAAAGGAGAUGUACUGCGCGAUACCUUCGGGGGCUCAGUCGCGGCUGCGAGGGCUUGGCUGGAAAGCAAAGGUGAUCCCAAUAUCUACCACGGGGGUACUGGCUGGACUCCAUUGUUGAUGGCCGUGUCGAAUGGGAACCCGGAACUUGUGGACCUACUUAUUUCUUUCAGAGCUAACCUGACGCUGCCUGCAAAAGGAACCGGAGAGACCGCCACCCACCUGGCAGUGUACAAGACAACAAGCGAGAUGCUCCACAAAGUCUUGGAUGUGCAUGAGCCUGGUGCCAAAGAGGUGCGGCAAGAUGGAGCCUCAGCCUUGUCCUUGGCAGUGGAAAAGGCGCCCGCCCGCGUCAAGAACGAAUUUAUCCGUGCACUCUUAGAGAAGCAUGCAGACCCAAACUUGAAGCGAAAGGACGGCUGGACACCCUUGGGUCUUGCAAUCAAGAGCAACCUGCGCCAUGCAACCAAGGCCAUGGUUGCUGCCCAUGGUGCCAUCCUGACUAUCGUGCCAGAUACGAAGCCUCCACUAACACUUUGGGAGCUAGCGGCUCCUCACAAAGAUCUCCAGAAAGUCAUUCGAAUGAAGCUUCCGAGCAAGGACUUGUCAGAAAUCGAGAAGAGAUGGCCUGGAACGUUGCUUCAGAUGCAGGUCGAAGACGAGUAG